UAUCUUCACCUUGCAUGUAUGUUACAAGGAAAUGAAUGUGCUAUAGAGCUUACGAAAUCAAAACAAAAAUCCAUUAAUAAUAAAGGAUACAAUGACGUUUUAAAGCAUUUCUGGAAAAUAUUGUCACGGAAGUUGUAACAACACCUACUCCAGGAUGGCCCAUGCCAUUUCCUUAUCACUGAGACAUGGUGCUGAUGUCCAGGGAAGACUUCCAUCAAGAGACACUUCACUUGUUCUAUAUAUGAUUCCAGAGAUACAGGGACGUAACAAAAAUGCAAUACCUCGUGAAUUAAGAUUGUCCUCAUACGGCAAGAGCAAUGCGCCAUACAGUGAUACGGAAUAAUUUGUUUUGCCUUGUUCGAUAUAAAAAAGACAAUUUUUUCUAGAAAAAUUAAUAAGUCCCAACAGAUUUCUUUGAUAUGCAUCUUCUAAAUAAUUUUACUUAGAUGUGUUGCUCCGAAAUAGAAGGAUGGCAUUGAAGAUCGUUUGGGAAGGACUGCCAGUUAUCCUGCAACUGUUCUAAACAUCAGUGUAACCAUGCAAAAGGAUGUCAAAAAAGUAGUAAAACGUUUAGUUACAGAAAUAUAUAUCAUUAAAACAUGAACUUAGAGACAACCUGGAAUGAUGCUCAUUAUCUUGGAAACAGUCACUUCUUUAAGUUUCAGAUUGUGGACCAGGCUAUUUAGGUGAAUUUUGUGACGUGAAAUGCCAGUAUCCAGGUUUUGGUACGGAUUGUCAGGAUAAAUGUUUGUGUGGACAGGAGAUGUGUGAUCCAGCAAAUGGAUGCCAAGGUCAAUGGUUUUAUAAUUGCAAAUAUUUCUGUAUGAUAAUGUGCUUAACAAAGAAAUUUAUACUUUACAACUUACAAAAUGAAAGAAAAAAUCCUUUAAAAGUCAAUAAUCAUAAAUUAUACAAUUAUGUGAUGCAAGUUUGGAAGGUAGUACCAUGGAAGUUGUAACAACACCUGCUCCAACGUCCAGGAUGACCCUUAAAAUUUCCAUAUCACUAAGACAUGAUGCUGAUGUUAAAAGACGUUUUUCUUCACGAGACACUUCACCCGUUCUAUCUACCACUCCAGACAUGCCAAAAGAUUAAUAUUCCAACUAAGAUUUGUUUUGAGCAGCGUAUCAUGGAAUACUGUACCUGUUACUCGCCAUCAUUUGUUGCAUUAUGAACGUCCAGAUUCUGUUUUUGACUGUUUCCGUUGGUUACAUUCGUGGAUGUCCUCAUGGUUACUUUGGUCAGAAUUGUGAACUCGGUUGUCGACAUCCCAGUUAUGGUAAAAACUGCCAGAGUCUAUGUAUAUGUCCACCAGAAAUAUGUAAUCAUUCCACCGGAUGUCCUGAUGGCACAGUAACAAAGGAGUUCAAUUACCAACAGAGCACCUUUCCUACAAUCAACAACACUACCGAAACUUCAGUUCAAAGUGACGCUGCAUCCAUGUGGAAAACGUUGAACGAGAAGGAAAUAGGAAUGGUUAUCAGCAUUACGACGCUAGGACUACUGUUUCUUGUCUUAACAGCCUUGCAUAUCUGGGUAUCUCAUCGCAUAUCUGUGGAAACAAAUAAUCAUGAGAAAGCAACAAUAGAUUUAGAUGAAAUCUCUAUAGCAUGAAAAAACAAUCAAACGAGUAAUCCGUUGUUAUAAUGUGUAAUGAAUCGGGAGAUGGCGUGCGAUGGUAUAUUUGUUUUUAUUCAUGUUUUGUCAUUGAUAAAUUUUUCACAUUUCAUCAUGUCACGGGGUCUUACAACAAGAAGAACUCUUGGUCAGGUUUCAAUUAAUUUUAUUUGUAUCCAACCUAUCCGAUACUGCAAUCAUAAAUAUGACGAUGAUUAGUUAUAUAUCUUUAUAUCCCGUAAGGAAUAUAUCUGUAUAGGGUAUCUCGGUGUGAGACUUACCCUGAUGUACUGCGUUAAAGUCUUGUUAAUCUCUAAAUUAAUCCGUGCUCAUCCUUUUAUACAAGCUCACACACAUGUGCACACUACUACCACUCCCUAAAAAACUUGUUCUGCAACUUCUAAUAAAAUACUCACUCGCUCUACAAAUACCUAACUCAGCAAAACCCUAUUCACAAAACAAUCACGUGACACCACGUACACAAGAACACAACACGAAUACGAUGACAAUGCAUGGAUGAAUUAGUAAACAGGGGAAUGAAUGAAUGAAAAUGUAUUGAACAAUCUGAAAUGAAUAAAAUGCAUAUAACAUUUGAUAAUUAAAAUACGUAAUUGUCACCCUGUGACAAUCAUUUAUAUUGUUAGAUAUAAAUUGCGACAUGCGGGUUAACUUUCAAUGAGUGUAUGAUGCGGUAUAUGCAUGGUUCCCAUCGCCAUAUGAUACCGUCAUUCCAUGAUAGAACUGUAAACUAGACAUUUAUUCCUUGAAUAUAUCAUUAGUCGUAAUCUACCAGACCGUAUUAGUUACGAGAUGAUGAUGUGUUUUUCCCUUAGUUGUCUAUGAAAAAAUAAUAUAGAGUUCAAUGUCUAUAACAUUUGGUUAUAAAAUCGGUGUUGUUUGGGAUGGAAAUUAUGGAUGUGUUAAUUCUAAGUACAUCCUUUCACAAAAGAGAGUUUACAGGAAAUGCUCUACUUCAUUGAGAAUUCAAGCACACAAAUACGUACUCUGUUCUUCAAUAUAAGGCCAUUCAUUUACAUGAUUACAUGAUACAUCGUGUGAGUGACCAUUGUAAACAUGUAUCUAUGUAGAAAUAUAUUCUUUUACAAAACUAUUUGCAUUUCAUCUCUCGCUUAUGAUGAUUAAGAGAAGACAGACGCUGAAUCAAUGGUUUAAAUAUCCAUUCAUUCACAAGUAAUCAGUAUUUGAGUUCAUACAAGUACAUUUGCUUGGUAAUGAAGGCUUUGCAGGACCAGCCUGGGUAACCGUAAAAUGUGACCAUCACGUAAAGACUGAGCUGAUGAUAGGAGUUCAUACACCUGUUUAUGGAACAUUUUGUAUGAAAACACCCUUGCUAUUCAGAUACAGAAUCAUGCAUAGCUUCUCAGUUUCUUUCAUCGACAAACAUCCUCUGUUGAGUCCCUAUAUGUCCGCCUGCACAAUAUGUCCGCCCAUUUUUUUUAGCAAAGUGUCACUAUAUGUCCGCCUAUGCAAAAUGAUGUCUUCCCUACUAUUUAAACGAACUAUCACAAUAUGUCCAUCAAUAUUUUUAUUUAUUAUUUCAUUAUCGUUGGGUGAUAUUUCUUUAUAAAACAAUCGUCAAAAACGAGUCUGCAUUAUACAUGUAUAACGCAUGUGAGCAUGAAUUAAGUUCGCUUUCAAAAAUCGUCGCAAUGUGUCCAUUCUCGUAAAACCUUUACCAAUAUGAAUAUUUAAUGGGUUGUUUAUAUACAGAUAGGCACUGCUUCGAAAAUGUUAUGAAACUUUAUUUUGAUAGCGACAUAUCGUGUUGUAUGUACUUCCGUGAGCGUGGCAGUGUUUUUGUUUUAUGCUAAUGUUAGAUCAACGGCAUGAUAUCUUGGGCAGGACUGUUUUAAGGAUUUUAAUCACGUUUAACGUGUUUUUGUUUUAGCGUGACUAUGCUUGACAAUUUUAGUGCGAUUACCUGCGUGUUUUUCAGAGUUACGUUAAACGACCGCAUGUUGUGUGUAGAUGCGUUAGCAUGACUAUACGUGGUGUUUAUAGUUGAGAAGAACCAUGGAGUGUUGUGUGCAGUACCGUUAGCGUCUUGUUUACUUGAGUGUUUUUUUUUUCAAUUACGUUAAACCAUUGAGUGUUGUGUAUAGUACCGAUGGCGUGUUGUUUAAAGUGAUGUUAAACCAUAGAGUGUUGUGUGUAGUAUUGUUAGCGUGUUGUUUACAGUUAUAUUAAACCAAGGAGUGUCGUGUGUAGUACCGUUAGUGUGUUGUUUACUGAUUAGCGUUAAUCUAUGGGGCGUUUUGUAUAGUCACUGGUAUUAAGCUGAUUAUAGUAACGAUCGUGACUACCAUCCCAAAA